UACAGCACCGUCAGUAAGACGGCAACAGAUCAUAACUGAUUAUUAACUUAACUGCUUUUUGUUUUGCUGUUGAUCAUGCCUGAAAACAGAUUCUGCGCAACAAAAGAGACUCAAACUUUGUAUCUGCUUUUUAUCUCAGGGUUUUGCUCCUUCACAGCGGGAUCUUCGGAUUUUCACCUUAUAAGUAUUUCUAAGAACUACACAGAGGCAAAGCACUACUGCCGGGAGAUGUACACAGAUUUAGCUACAAUUCACAACUCAACAGAUACUGAUAAUUUGAUCGCUUUAGUUCCAAGUGACGUUAUCAGAGCCUGGAUAGGACUGGAGGCUGGAGACGAGUGGACAUGGCAUUGGUCCUGGCCUGAUCAGAAAGUGGAUUUUGUUAACUGGAAGGCAGGAGAACCUCAAAUAAAGAAUGAAGAUACGUGUGUAGAAAUGGAUCAACGCGGGGAGUGGAUUGAAAGCGACUGUAGAACUAGAAAAAGUUUUGUUUGUCAUGGCAACAGUGAUACCAGUGGUCUAAUUUUUGUUGAUGAGACCAAAUCAUGGAGGGACGCUCAGAAUCACUGCAGGGGCUUGUCGUCUGAUCUCAUCAGCAUACACUCAGCAGAGGAGAAUGAGGCAGUACGUAAUGUGUCUUUGUCACAAAAUGUGUGGAUUGGCCUCUUCAAAGAUCCCUGGAAGUGGUCUGAUGGGAGCGAAACAUCAUUCAGAUACUGGAGAGCCAAUCAGCCAAACUACAAUGAAGGUCAGGCUUGUACUGUUGCUGUGUUCAGAGAUAAAGGGAAGUGGAAUGACCUGAAAUGCAGCACCAAGCGCAAAUUUGUUUGUCGUGGUGCAAGGAAAUCAAUUCCAACAACCACCAAUCAAGCAAGUACACAGGAGACGCUUACAACAGAUCAGCCAACAGUGGAUCUGACAACUCUUCCAAACAUGUCAGAAGUCAUGACGACGUUAGGCCUACAUUUGACUGUGGAUACCACCAAUAACUCACAGGCUAUUAAUGUUACCACAGAAGAAGCAACAACUUCCAAUGGAAUGACAACACCAAAUACCACAGAUCUUGUGUCAAGUAUGUCAAACACUGAGGUCCACAAUUCGACAACAGAAAUGUCAACUGUGACAGAAACACAGCAACCUCCCACAACCACUGCAACAGUUACUACAGACGGUGUUUCUACUUUAACAACACUGAUGGGGACUUCAGCCCAGACCACUGCACAGUACUCAACCCUAACACCCACUGAAAACAUUCAAAGUGUGGCUACAGGAAACCUGAUACUAAUCCAGGAAAAUAUGACAUGGAUUGAAGCUAUGGGUUACUGCAAGGAGCACCAUGUUGAUCUUGUCCACAUUACCAACAAAGACAUUCAAGGAAAGGUGGCUGAAAAGGCAAAGAACGCUACAUCGCUCCAUGUUUGGUUAGGUUUACGCUACACUUGUAAAUUUAACUUUUGGUUCUGGACUAAACAAACUGCAGGCUGUUAUCAAAACUGGGCCCUUGGACAAGGGCCUGAAGGGAAAUAUGAGUGUGGUGUUACAGGUGCCAUUGAGGCCACUGGGAGGCAGCAGUGGGUAGGCUUGCCUGAGACAGAAAAACUGAAUUUCAUCUGCUACACAUGCACUGAGUGAGUGUGGCUGGCCAGAGUCACUUCAGAUAACAAUGUUGUUGCAGCUCACUUAAUGCUGUAUGGACAAACAACCCAUUUGUUCUGCUGAUGCAUACUUUGCUGUUUCAAAAUUAUUAUUUUUUUAACAGUUAUUAAUUCAAUAUAAUAUUUUUCACAAUUGAUGGACUAACAGAGAUGUGAUGCUUAUUCUAAUGCUCACUGAUGAUGUCAUACUUCCACCUUUGUUAAAACACAGCUGCCCUCUCUAUUGUUAAGCUUGAAUGUCAUUAGAUAUGAAAACCUCAUGUGGUGUGUAGGCGUGCACAUUCACAGUCAUGGGCAGCAAGAGUAAUGUGAGAACAUUGAUCUGCUCUUUGCCUUUCACUCAGGGGUUACUAUUUGCAUGUUGACCCCCUGGGUUGGGCCCCAACAUUGUCUUUUUCAGACCACCAGAGUGUGGCCCCGAUCCAGACUGCCUGCUGCCCUCACUGACCUGACCUUCACUAGCAGCCACAUGGAAGACAGAGCCACAGACACUCACCUUCCUGUCUGCACCCUUGAGGUACACGGACCAUCUACAACCAUGGGAACUAUAAAUGAUACAUUUUCAUUGAGUCUCAAACUGCAUGGCAGAAUGCAACAGUGGUAUCUUUCACUGCUAUCAUACAGCUUUUUGGAUAAACAUAAUGUGCAACCUG